AUGCCAACUGCCGGCUGCUGUCCAGAGCCGGUGAACGGCCAUGCGACACUGACAUCACAUGUGACAUAUUCGUUAGCAUAUCGUGAGAUCCAGGUCACUUUCAAGCUUGUGCAAUCGCGCACAAGCCCUGCCGAACGCAUUGAUAAUUUUGCCAGGAUUCUGAAUCCAACUUUCACGACGCAGGGCGAGUCGCCCUGGGCGACGGGCGUCGCCCCGCUAGAAUGGGUUAUCCUGAAGCUCGAUUUUGGGUCGUUAUUACCAGCUCUCGAACACGGCACGCAUAAUCCAGUCCUUAAUUGUAUUUUAACAAACUUCUAUUACGGUAUAUCUUCCACUGCCUGCGGCGUUCCCUUUGUGUCAGCCGUCUUCAGGAGAGCAUCCGUCACGCAGCCGGCCGGCGCCAUGCGCUCCUGCGCACCCUGCGGGCCCACCUGCCGCUCAUCAACAAUACGCGCAGCAUGGCGUCUUGGAUCCAAAACCGUCGUCCCUCCACAUAUCCUUUCACUUGCUCCGACGCUUCUCCUUCCUCAGUUUCGGCAUCAUUUUGCAACUGAGAAGCCAGCUCUUGUGGCGGCUUCUGCCGCAGAACCAGCAGCCAGCACAGAAUCAAAUUUAGGGGACGUUGGCGAACCCCGAGGACCCCGUGGCGCUCGCGGCCGACGACCCGUUAACACUAUCGGCACGAGCUCCGCCUCCGUCGCACCCCCAAGCGCUGCAGACCUCGCAGCAGCAAACUUGCUGAGCGACGAGGCGCUGCGCGCAAUGGGCAUCAAGCUACCCAGUCAUUGCUGCGGCUGCGGCAUGAAGCUGCAGCGGCAGGACGAGCGAGCUCCAGGGUUCUUUACUAUCCCAGCCAGGCUUUUGGAGCCGCCCCGGGGGGCGGCGGGUCCCGCAGCGGCGGGUGAAGAUGCGGGGGAGGUCCCUGUGGUGAGAAGGGAGUUGGGGAAUUGGGGAGGAGGGGAGGACCGGCACGAUGAGGUGGAGUUCGACGACGUGGGGGCGCUGGGUGCGGAUGAGCCCGAUGUGCUGUGUCAGCGUUGCUACUGGCUCACGCACGCCGGGAAGCUCAAGUCGUACGAGGGGGAGGCGGCGCUGCCGACAUUCGAUCUGAGCAAGAAGGUGGGCCGCAAGAUCCACCUACAAAAGGACCGGAAGGCGGUGGUGUUGUGUGUGGUGGACCUCUGGGAUUUCGACGGCUCGUUACCCCGCCAAGCUAUCAGUGCGUUGCUUCCCCCGGGCAGCGGUGAUGAGGCCCCCCAGGAGCUGAAAUUCAAACUGAUGGUGGCGGCGAACAAAUUCGAUUUGCUGCCGUCCGUCGCCACGGUGCCCCGUGUCCAGCAAUGGGUUCGUACACGGCUCAAGCAGGCAGGUCUCCCCCACGCUGACAAGGUGUUCAUGGUCAGCGCCGCCAAGGGGCUCGGCGUCAAGGACAUGGAUAUCCGUCAGGCUCUGGGGUUCCGAGGUGACCUCUGGGUGGUGGGGGCGCAGAACGCGGGGAAGAGCUCCCUCAUCCGGGCCAUGAAGCGGUUGGCGGGGACAGACGGCAAGGGUGACCCAACCGUUGCACCUGUUCCGGGAACAACCUUGGGGCUCCUUCAGGUCCCCGGAAUACCCCUGGGCCCCAAACACCGCACGUUUGACACGCCGGGUGUGCCGCACACCCAUCAGCUCACCAGCCACCUCAACCCCGAGGUCGUCAAAAAGCCCGGGCACUCGGUCUUGCUGGGCGCAGGUCUGGCGCGAGUGGAUGUGGUUUCGGCGCCGGGGCAAACCCUGUACCUGACUGUGUUCGUAUCUGCGCACGUCAACUUGCAUAUGGGCAAGACUGAAGGUGCGGACGACAAGGUGAAAUCACUGACGCAAAACGGUUUGUUAUCGCCUCCGGAGUCGCCGGAAGAGGUUGCAGCGUUGCCCAAAUGGCAGCCGGUGGAGGUCGAGGUGGAAGGCACGGACUGGUCUAGAAGCACGGUGGACGUGGCGGUAGCGGGCCUUGGCUGGGUGGGUGUGGGUUGCCGCGGCAAGGCUCAUCUGCGUUUCUGGACGCUGCCCGGGGUAGCGGUCACCACACAUGCGGCUCUCAUACCGGACUACGCCAAGGAGUUUGAGAAGAAGGGCGUGUCAACGCUGUUGCCGAGGACGCCGAAGAAGCAGCAGGCGAGGAAGGUCUGA